AGCAACAUCUCCAGUUCACAGUUUGGGGCUUCUGGAUGUUUCAGGACAUAUCCUGCUGCUUUGCCAGCCUUCCGGUUUUUUGAGAUCUCCGAAGUUGCAAUUUCAGACAACUUCGGGUUCUUCUUUUACAAGCCUGCAGAAACUGCUCCAAGGUUCCUGGCCUCGAUACUCGUUGAGUUGUUUAGGCGCUUGCAGGCGGCAGCGCUUCUCGGGGAGGGCGCCCAGACUGAGGAUCCGUAUUCUUCUCAGCUUUUGGAAGUGCUCAGCUCACUGGAAGGAGCCCUGAAGCGUUGGCAGACAGCUCUCUUGGAAAGUGCCGGAAGGCUGACCAAGGACAGGUGUUGGUUCAGAUGGGGUAUCAGAUUUGUGAACCAGCGCUUUGCUAACGUCAUUUGUGCCAUUCCACAGGCCGAUGGGAAGAAACGCGGUGUUGCUGAUUGGUUUGUGCGGCAAACGAAGACGAACAUUUUCGAUGCGGUGACCUCAUCAACCAAAAUUUUCCUGGAUUUGCAAAGCGAUAGCACAUGUCGAGAAUGCCUAUGCAUGGAGUUCAUGAACGUGUUAGCUGCUUUGAGUCACUGUGGAUUUGCAACAGAGACUGUCAGCAGCAUGUUCGAAUCCUGCAUGGGCCGGAUUGUUGGUGACUGGAAAAGCGACAAUCUUGGUCCUUAUGAGGAUUGUGGGGUUCAGCUACCCCAAGUACUCUCGGUGCUUGCCAAAGCAAGGCGUGAUAUGUUUCGUGGACCAUCAGACGCUGCAAAAUACCACUUGCUCAAAGAGAUUCUAGACACGUGUCGGGAGAAUCAUAAAUGCCGUGAAGGUGCAGCAUUUUCAGCAAGGCACACAUUUGAGAAUAUCUUGCUGCACGGGUUUUUAGAUUUCUUCCCUGCGGAAGGCUUCAGCCCAAGCGAAAUGUGGAGCAUCAACAAUUUUCAAAAUGAACUUCUCGACCACAUAACUCCUCUGUGUGGUGAGUCGGUCUUUGAGCAUCCCUACGGUGAGUCACCAUGGCCCGCAGACGAGGUCAGAGCACUCAUGAGGGUGAAAACCUCUCAUUAUUUCAGUUUGAGGCUGCCGUGGAGGUUUCGUUCAAACGAGAUGCCGCUCUCGGAUCGCAUAGCAAAGUCUCAGCCUGAGAUCAGCGCCAUCAGGAAGGGCUGGGUAAAAAAACGUCUUGAUGGAACUACGAGGUACUUGCGUUUGCAGUCAACUCCUGUCGUAUCGGAGCACAGUAACCCUGGGGACCCCAGCGGCGAAGCUUUGUUUCCUGACGAAGACAUCGAGGACAUCCGAUUGGCAUGCCAGGAAUACCCAGUACUUCGAGACACAUUGGAAGAGUUCUUGGACGAGUUGCUCGAAUUGCGCGCGAGUGCUGAGGGAGGAGAUGACUGA